ACCUGAUUCUUGUGGUUUUAAACAUGUUUUUGUUGGAGAAACGAGGCGUGAUAAAGAGAUCUUAGGUUUGCACAACUGGGUGCAAUUUUACCUUCAGGAAAAGCACAACCAAAUUGACUACAAGGGAUAUGUCACUCAGAAGAAUAAAACCAGGCCUGACAAACAUCACCAUGUUUUAAGUAACCAGUUCAGCUGGAAGGGCUCAGUCAAGCCAAUUGGAAGCACCUUCAUUGGUGUCAGCCCAGAGUUUGAACUGGCUCUUUACACUGUCAUUUUCCUGCUGGCUGAAGAGAGAGUCACACAUGACACGGUGAAGAUAGAGGAGUAUGAGCUACAGAUGGUUGUCUGCCACCAUGAGCACCACAUCAGAACAGCAUAUCCAGUACUCCUCAGCACCAGUAGUGAAAAUUAG